AUGUCUACAGAACAGUAUCCGGUGCGUCCUGACUUCCGAGUCGAGGAAGAGGAGAUCACUGGCUACGUCGAUCCAUGGGUUGUAUCCCCCGGCGACAAGGCAAAUGUGAAGAUUUCAUCCACUCGUCCUAACCUCAAGUACCAACUGGUGCGUCUCUUGCAGGGCCUGGACAUGCCCAAUGCCCCAGCACCGCAACGGCAGGUCGUUGAGCAUGGCCCAAGCGGAGACCUGAAAGGAUGUUUCCAAUCAUCCCAUCCAGGCUCAUACGCACUGAUCAAGUCUUGGACGCGAGAGCCUUUACUGAACAAGGUUGAAGGACUUCAGGUCUCCUUCUAUGUGCAGCCCUGGAUGUUAGACGCCAAGUAUCCACAGGCCAUCGUGUCGACUCUAGAUACAAACAAGGGAGCUGGACUUGCCGUGCUGCUCGGCACCCAGAAUGAUCUGCUUCUGUGGAUUGGGACGUCAUCGGGCGUCGAGACGAUUCGAGUUUCGGCCUUCAAUGUACGCCGUGAGCGGUGGUUCCACACUCGCCUCACGGUCACAGCAAAAAGCGUCAAGGUGCAUGUAACGCAUGUACCUUGGGAGAACGAGACUACCCCCUCUCCGACUACUGUCCAGGAGACACUUCGAGGCACUGCCAUCCUUGAAUCCGGAAGCCCCCUUGUGAUCGCUGCGACCUACGCCGCCAGCCCGACCACCACCUCCACUCGUCCUGUCCACUUCUUCAAUGGCCGCAUUGACUCGCCCACUUUCACUGCCCUGGGGAGAAACGGGACCACCUGGGACAUUGCGCGGUACGACUUUUCCAUCGGCAUCGACACAGACGAGGUCACCGAUGUGUCGGGCUCCGGACUGAACGGCAUCCUCGUCAACGCCCCCACGCGCGCAGUCCGAGGCCACGACUACGACCACAAGCUCAUCGGCGUUAGCUGGAAGGAGGCCAGGUACGGUUUCGGGGCCAUCCAUUUCCACGAGGACGACCUCGACGACGCAGACUGGGAGACCGAUCUUGAGAUUGAGGUGCCGAAGGACCUGCGGUCCGGCGCCUACGCCAUCGAGGUCUGGGACACCGAGUCCGACCUCAAAGACUCGAUUGUAUUCUUCGUUCGGCCAAAGGAACGCAGACCAGCGGCAAGAACCGCAUUUAUCUUCUCGACCAUGACAUAUCUCGCCUACGCCAACGAGCACAUGUACGACGAGACCAAGUCCACCCACAUUUCCUUCCCCGAGGGCGUGCAGCUCGUGGAAUCGGACAACUACCACAAGAUGGUUCGCCGAGCCGACCUCGGCCUAGCCAUCUACGACCUCCACAGCGACGGCUCCGGCGUCGUGUACAGCACGGCCAAGCGUCCGAUCCUCAACAUGCGGCCGGACUAUAUCCACUGGGGAUUCCAGCGGCCGCGCGAGUUCUCGGCGGACCUCUUAAUGGUGGGGUUCUUGGAGCGAUUGUUAGGCGAUGGGUAUGACGUCCUGACGGAUCACGACCUCCACCUGCGAGGUCCAACGGCCCUGGCUAGCUAUGACGUGGUCAUCUCCGGCUCGCACCCGGAGUACCCCUCGAUGGAGACAUUAGACGCCUACGAAGGGUUCUUGAAACGCGGCGGAUCGUUGAUGUACACCGGCGGAAACGGGUUCUAUUGGCGCUCCGUCACGGACCCCAAACGCCCGCACCGCAUGGAAGUCCGGCGCGCAGACGUGGGGGCGCGCACGCACGAGCUCCCCGCCGGCGAGCGCGUACACUCGCUGAACGGGCAACUCGGCGGCCUCUGGCGCUCUCUUGGCCGAUCACCAAACCUCCUCUUCGGCAUCGGCAGCUGCGCCUCAGGCAAGGGCCCAGGACGCCCCUUUAUCCCGACCCAGGAGGCCCUGAACAAUCCGUCUUUGGCCUGGCUGUGGAAGGGGCUCGACGCAAGCUCCAAGGAACUGCUAGGCACGAAGGGCCUUGCCGGCGGAGCAAGCGGCGACGAGCUGGACCGGCUGGAUCAUGGGAUUGGAAGUCCCGCGAACGCGAUCCUGCUUGCGCGCAGCGAGCGGCAUGACGAUCACUUUAUGCUGUUCAACGAGGAGCUGAUUUUCCCGAUGAUUGGGACGCUGGGGUCGACGUCGGCGCUGGUAAGGAGUGAUAUGGUUUAUUAUGAGGCGGAGGGGGGAGGGGCAGUGUUUAGUGUUGGUAGUAUCAAUUGGAAUAACUCGCUGGCUUGGGAUGACUAUCGGAAUGAUAUUGCGCAGGUCACGGAGAAUGUGAUCAGGGAGUUUCUUGCCAGGGGGGAGAGGGCUGGGUGCUGA